GGAUUGCGCAUGCUUAACCAGACGUGGCAGCAGCCGCUCGUUCUUCCAGCGCGAGCGGGAGCCGGAGCUUAAAGCCGGAGCGGGCUGGGUUAUGGCUCAGCCGGGGCGCAGCUUCAGGGGGGCUCCGGUCUGCGGAGGGAGAAUGCUGCUGCUGCUGCUGCUUUCUCUCUUGGCUAUCUUUCCAGCUUGUGUGUUACCAUCAAAGAUAUCACCUCUGAUAGAAAAAAUUAGUGAUCAGAAGGACUUCAAGAAGCUGUUGAGAACACGAAAUAAUGUAUUGGUGCUAUAUUCCAAAUCUGCGGUAGCUGCCGACAGUUCGCUCAGGUUAUUAUCUGAUGUAGCCCAAGCUGUGAAAGGCCGUGGUACUAUAACAUGGAUAGAUUGCGGUGAUUCAGAAAGCCGAAAACUAUGCAAGAAGAUGAAAGUUGAUCCUGGUUUGAAAGAGAAAGGGAUAGAAUUACUACACUACAAAGAUGGUGCAUUUCACACUGAAUAUAACAGAGCAUUUACACUGAAGUCACUGGUUGCCUUUCUAAAGGAUCCUGAAGGAGCUCCAUUGUGGGAGGAAGAUCCUGAAGCCAAAGAUGUUGUCCAUAUUGACAGUGAAAAGGAACUGAAAAGACUUCUGAAGAAAGAAGAUAAACCUGUUCUGUUGAUGUUCUAUGCCCCUUGGUGUGGAGUUUGCAAAAGAAUGGUGCCAGCUUUCCAACAAGCAUCCACUGAACUGAAGGGCAUGUAUGUACUUGCAGGGAUGAAUGUCUACUCAUCUGAAUUCGAAAAAAUAAAAGAAGAAUACAAUGUCCGGGGAUACCCAACAAUAUGCUACUUUGAAAAGGGGAAAUUCCUAUUUAAUUUUGAAAACUAUGGUGCUACAGCAAAGGACAUUGGAGAAUGGCUGCAAAAUCCUCAGCCACCUAAGCCACAGGCUCCUGAGACUCCUUGGUCAGAAGAGGAAAAUGCUGUUUUUCACCUAACAGAUGAUGAUUUUGACAAGUUUAUCAAGGAACAUUCUUCUGUAUUAGUGAUGUUCUAUGCACCAUGGUGUGGACAUUGUAAGAAAAUGAAGCCAGAAUAUGAGAAAGCUGCAGAGAUACUCCAUGCAGACAGUGAUAAACCAGGUGUUUUGGCAGCAGUAGAUGCAACUGUCAACAAAGCUGUGGCAGAAAAAUUACACAUAUCAGGAUUUCCAACCGUCAAGUUCUUUCAGGAUGGAGAAGAGAAAUACACCUUGCCUCAUCUCCGCACAAAGAGUAAAAUUGUGGAAUGGCUCUUAAAUCCUCAGGCACCUCCUCCACCUGAACCAACUUGGGAAGAAAAGCAGACAAGUGUUAUCCAUCUUGCAGGCGAAGACUUCCGAGAAUUUUUGAAAAAAAAGAAGCACACUCUCGUAAUGUUUUAUGCUCCAUGGUGUCCACAUUGUAAGAACUCAAUCCCACAUUUCACAACAGCAGCAGAACUCUUUAAAGAAGAUCGUAAGAUUGCCUACGCUGCAGUGGAUUGUGCCAAAGAACAAAACCAUGACUUGUGUAAGCAGGAAGGAGUGGAUGGAUAUCCAACCUUUAACUAUUAUAAUUAUGGAAAAUUUAUAGAAAAAUACAAUGGAGACAGAGCGGAAUCUGGAUUUUCGGUUUACAUGCGAACUCUCCGAGAGCGAGAUCACGAGAAGAUAGGGAAGAAGAAAGACGAGUUGUAAUUUCUGCCUCAAAAAGAAACAAAAAAACAAUUCCACUGCACUGUGAAGGGUCUCAGGGUCACUGGUACAAUGCCUGAGAUUAUACAUCUUUUAAAGAACAGACUUUGUUUUUAUAGACCGCCAUUGCCAUUUUCUACAACUUUGAAAAUAAAUUGAAAUCAUUCUCUCUCUCUUUUUUUUUUAAAAAAAGAAAAAUACCAUCAUUGUUGCCAUAUUCUGUUAAGGAGAAGAACAAAAGAAGAGCAUUUUCUUGCUGUUCAGUGCACCUAUGCCCAUUGAUACUCCUAUGCAAUCUUUUUGUAAUCUGUAGGUUUGAUAGUGAUUUCCUCUGACAAAGUAAUCUUUGCGUGUGUGUGUGUGGUUUUUUUUUUUAAUUUUGAAAAGAGAUUUUUAUGAGAAAUGGCUUUUAAAAAUGGGAGGGGGACAAUAAAAGGAGAUGCAAAAGUAUUCAUCAGAUGCAAGUCCAAUUAGGGAAGUAGAGGAAGUAGAGCAUGCGGGUCCCCUCAGAGGCCUCAGCCCAAAGAUUCUUCAAGGGCAGUUUUAUAGGGCACUCAUGCCUGGCACUUACUGCAGGACCCAUUUUGGGAUAAAGGGGCACUUUCAGUCCGUCUUCUGCACAGUGUCACUUUGCGUAGUUGAUGGGACAUCAGCAAGGACAAGGCACCAUGGCGGGACUGAUACAAUUUAGGGGCUGCGGGAAGGAGAAUAACUUUUCCCCGCAAUCAGAGGAGACAUUUCUAGCCACGUUCAAUUUUGCCAAAUGCAGAGCAUGUCUAGAUAAUAAUGAUUUAGGAUGUCCUCUUGCCAAUUUUCAAAGAUUAUGCUUCUUCUUCCCCCCCUCCCCCCCCCAAAAAAAAUUAAUGUGGGAGAGUCAUUUUUAAGAUGCUCAGGGAUAAUAGGAAAUAAUGAAGCAGCAUUGGGCCAUUUCAGAUCUUAAUUGACUGUAGUGGUGUUUUCCUUUUCCUCCUCUUCUUUUUGUAAUAUGCCGUACCUGAAUUGUUUACAUAUCUUUAUAGAAUGUAUGAUUAAAAUCAAUGUCUCUGCAGCAGUACACAUCAAGUAUGAAAAUGACCCUUGGUGUAUGUGUUGUCAAAUGCUUCUUUAGGUGUUGUGCAGGUAGAAGCUUCUAUUUAAUUUAUGACAACAACGGAGUAUUUGCUAAGCAUCCCACUUGACUGUUUGAUAGAGGCAUUGAUAUUUUUGAUAGGCAGAACCAUCCUGUAAUUAUACGUAUUUAUGUUCCAAAGGCUUGUUUGUAUGUGGAUAUUAAAAGAAGCAUAAGUUUUUAAGAGCUCUAUAGAAACAGGUCAUACUUU